AUGGAAGUGUCCGAGUUGGAUAAUGCCAGCAGAGUCGUGCCGGAUAGAGGUCGGGCCGAGUCCCCAGUUCGACGAGCCAUAAGCCGCGCAGCUCAAUCUUCUGAAAUGGUUCGACCCUCGGCUACACGGACAUUCAUUCGUACCUCACCGCCACAUGAAGUCUUAGACAAUGGCAGCAGUCGCCAUCCUCGAGUCGACCUGUCGGUACGCCUCCCUGCGCCAUUGUUUGUCGGGGGUGGUACAGUGGAGGGACAAAUAGUUAUCCAGGUCGAUGGCGGAGGACCACGAAAGUCGAAGAUGAAACCCAUUUACAUUUCCAAGGCCUCCGUCGAUGUGAUUGGCGUUGAGGAAAUCAGCGAUGGUAGACGCCGGGUCUUUCUAUCCCUUGCCACAGAAUUGCUGGACAGAAACAAUCCUCCGCCUCCUUCUCUCGUCACUUCUCAACGCCCUUUACCUGCUCCGGAUUUGUGGUGGGAGUUGAAGCCGGCUGCCUCAGCUCUCCCCUUUUGUGUCAAUCUCCCUCUCAAACUGGGUCCUCCACCCUAUGCCUCUCGGCAAGCUUCUAUACGUUACCUCCUGUGCCCCUCGGUCGUAUUGAGAGUGGGAGACAAGCGAAGCGUCGUCAGGCAGACAUGGGACGUCCAAAUGCUUACGGUCCAUGAUCCAGAAAAGGCCCUAGCAAGUCUCGCAAGUCCCCUCCUGGCGGCGGACACACUCUACCUCACACGCGAACCAGAGAUUCAGAUGGUGAAGCUCACUGCAGGAUUACAUCGACAAACCUGGGUUAAUGGAGCCAUGAUCUUCAUCGACGUUCAUAUUGUCAACAACACGGCCAAGUCCAUUAAGAAGAUAGACGUUCAACUGGAGAAGACAACUUUGUGGUAUACACACGCACCAGCAGGGACUAUGGGAAAGACGGCAAACCACCUUCGACUGCCCAGACGGACCGACACUGAGAUUGUCAGCGGCUCGACACUCAAGAAAGGCAUCUCGUGGACUGGAGUUAUACCGCACUCUUCUGAGGUUCGGACCACCGAACUCGAGGCCCCUCGGGGUCAUGUUACAAUCAGCACUGGAAGAUAUUUCGAGGUCAGAUACUUCGUCAACGUGGUAGUCACGGUCAAGAUGUUCAAGACUGUGGCUGUGCAACUCCCUGUCACCCUUAUUCCAAUGAACUCGCUGGACAUCUUGCCAAAUUCACUUGCCCAGGUAGCCGCCUCCAUUGAAGCCAAACGAGCCAAAACCGUUCCUGUUCUGGCCGGGGCCCCGGGACAUGCGGCCUAUUAUCAAGGACAAGCAUUCACUGCUCCAGUUCGUCGGUCGCUGGAGCAGCAACACCGAGAAAAAGGGACGAUGCCUCCCAAUGACGUUUAUACUCUCCAGCAAGACAUUGACAGAUCCCCAAGACGACGAAGGCAUAUUCACGACCACUGUGACGGAGGCGUGGACGUUGAAGCCACGGAUGAGAAUACUGUCCCUGGCCGUCCCAGCAUGGCAUCGUCGUCCCAUCACCAUAUUACACGACACCCAAGCUGUUAUCAUUGCCACCUUGCCUCUGAGAGCAAGGAAUCAGGCCAGCAGGAAGGUCCCAAGUUACCUAGGCUACAGGUUUCCACCUCAGGCCUGGGAUUCUCCGAGUCAGAAUUUGAAGGACUUGCUGAUUCACCGCCUCGAAAAGUCAUGCUAAGUGAGCGGGAGCGAAAUAUGAUAAAGCAGCAGAGAGAGCUUAGGAACCGGAAGCCACGGCAAUACAAACGGCUAUAA